CACGUGUAAAACAGAGGGGUAAUAGUUAAUGAAGUUGAUUACAUUCUACUCUGCUGAUACCAUUAUUGUUGACUGUUAUAUCUGUAUCUAUUGGAAUUAUUAUCGCAAUAAUUUGUGCAUGUGUGAAUUACAUUUACUACUUAUUUCUUAUAACAGCCCAGACGGAAAGGCGGAAUUAUGUGAAUAGUUGAUUUUCAGGUAUAAUCUACAUGUUGACAAAUAUGGAGAUAUCCACUCUUCCUGUAUACCUAGUUUUAUCUGUGGUAACACUUUCUUCCAGAAUUAGAUGCGAGGAAUUAACAAGACGUCAGAUAACUUCGUAUUUGCUGAAUACCUCGAGAUAUGAUUCAAAUAUUGUACCCGACUUUGAUGAAGAAUACCCAACAAACGUCACCAUACAAGUUACUAUACAUGAUAUGCAUUCCAUCAGCGAAGCGAAAAUGGAAUAUUCCAUAGAUGUUUUUCUGCGCCUGUGGUGGCGAGAUCCUCGCUUAGAUUUUCAUGGUAACACGACAAGUGUGACAAAACUGGAACUCGACUCUAAGAAUGCCGACAAUGUGUGGCAACCAGACAUUUUCUUUGAAAAUGAGAAGAGAGCAUACGUGCACAACGUGAUGGCGACGAAUAAACUAAUGCAUAUCCUUAAAAAUGGAACGGUCAUAUACAGCAUCAGACUGUCUUUGUCGCUAACCUGUACCAUGUUAUUACAGUACUAUCCAUUUGACAGCCAACGAUGUCCAAUAACUAUACAGAGCUUUGGAUAUACCAAGGACAACAUUGAUUUGCACUGGCAUGAUACAAAUCCUAUCCUCGCAGAACAUCUGGAAAUGCCACAGUUUAUGUUGCAAGAAGAUGAAAUCGUCACCAGUGAUUACGAAUCCCCGUAUUCCGAAACUGGAACCUUCUCGACGCUUAAAGCAGAACUAGUUCUAACUAGAAAAGUUGGCUUCUAUUUCUUGCAAGUAUUUGUACCAAGUAUACUGCUUGUGGUACUGUCCUGGGUCUCAUUCUGGGUUGACCCGAACGCUGUACCGGCACGGGUUUCACUUGGAGUUACUUGUGUUCUCACCAUGACAACGCAGAGUUCUGGUAUACGACAAUCACUUCCACCUGUGUCCUACGUUAAAGCGAUAGAUGUUUGGAUGUUCGUGUGUUUACUUUUUGUGUUUGCUGCCUUACUGGAGUUUGCCUAUGUCAACGUUCUUCAACGUAAGAAGUCAAAGAUGGCCAUUAAACCUGAUGACAAGAACGGGGGAAAUGAUACGGGAAGCGGACAGACAAAAGAAGAUGAUGCAACAGUGAAGCAAUCUACUCUUAUAGAAUGUCUGACUAAGGCGUUCAGUAGAACAAAAGCUGACGAACAGAUGGUAGCAAAGAGAACUGAUAUCAUAUCAAGAGUGUUAUUUCCAUUGUCGUUUCUUUUAUUUCUGAUUAUUUUCUUCAGUGUAUGUGGUCUUGCUCCGCACCAAGAGCCUCGCGAUAACUGAUUGAAUGUCCUUCUUAUACAGCCCUCUCCGUUUUGAGAAUCAUUAGAUCUUUUUUUCAAUUGAGAUAUUUUUCAUGGACAUUUCACUUACUUUUGUAUUUGCCUAUAACAUAAAUAAUAUUUGUUAAGCAAUUUAUUGUAAAUAGUGGGAUUCGGAUGAUGAAUUGUAAAGCUAGAUACUGCAAUCUGUGAUAUAUGCCUACUUGUGUACCAUUGUUCCGUGAUUUUUAUUUAUUUCGAAAUGAACAACGGAAUAUACAUUUGGAACCAUGAUUCUUAUCCAUCCUUUGUUCCUUAACCAUAAAUAUGUUAAAUACAAAUGAUACUUGA